AUGUCCGACACCGUCUUGCCAGGCGCAGACGCGUCGCGUCCGCGCUCUCGCUCUGGCAUCCUGACGCCCACAUCUGAUGGCAGCACCGCCCGAGAUGGGAAGCCCAUGGCUUCUCCCGAUAGCAGGAAGCGGAAAAGAUCAGAUUCCAUGACUAUGGACCACCUGCUCAAGUCUGCAAUUAGCCUCAAGGUACAUCCGCCGAAUCUACAGAUUCAACCUCGAACACUCCUACCCUUGAUGCUGCUUCCUCGGAAACACCUGUCCCUGGCCUCUCUGGACCUCUCAUGUCCACAGGAGGGCCUUCACGCAAGCCGUUUCUACGCCUCUCAUGUCAAAAUCCUCGAUCUCGAAAGCCGGAUGGGCUCAAGCCCUAGCGUACUGAUUGUGCGUAACGAAUCGCGCGGGCGGCUUUAUGCUCUGGAGAGGACUACCGAAGGACUUUACACGGCAUGCAAGCUGGGCUCAUGGGUUGAUAUACAGGCUUUAUUGGCCCACGCCACGGUAGUCUGCAGGGAACGAUGCCAGCCUCCAACACAGCAAGCCCAGUGCUCCGAUGGCCCGGGCGACAUGGCCAUCCCCGCCAAGUCGAAGGCAGACAUCAAGGUCGACUUGGGGAAGAGGGCUGCCAUUGAGUCUCUUACGCGGAAGAAUGCCCGGUCACACUCCAUCUCGACAAUUGAUACCAAAGAGCGAUCCGAUACCGCUGGCUUGCCUGGCUCUGACGAAGUGCAAUCAUCAGAGGGCGAAUCACCACGGCCGCAAAUCUCAUCGGUCCCUGCUGCACCUUUGUUGCCGAAGCCAUCGUUGGUGGAGCAGCAGCCGAAGCAGCAGCCUCAGAAGCAGCAAAAGGAGAACCAGCAGACAGCAGAAAGUCUGUGUGAUAACAUCCGAACUCAUUACUUGGAGGCAUUGUACCUCUCCAAGGGCUCGCUUGCGUAUUUUGCAAAAGGACCAUUGUCUCGUGCUCGUGCCGCUUUCCAUUUGAAUCUCGAGUCGACCUUGGAUAUAAACGAUCUAAUCGAGUUUUUGAAGAGUCUUAUCUUAACUACCGUGCAGGUAGACAAGAAGUUCCGCGAAACCAUUCCCGCGAUGCUUGCAAAGACCAAGACAUUUGUGGAUAGCUCAGAUGAGGGACGCAAAAAGCGGCGGAAGUCGAAGAAAAUGAAGGUUGGCAAGGAUGGCCUCUAUCCGAUGGAGGUCGAGAUCUUACAUCGUUGGUGGACAGAGAACCAGCCAGCGCUGGCUGAGGACUCGGAGGCAGGAGUCUCGCUCGCCCAAAUCAAGGAUCGCGUCGACCUGCUCCGGACGAGGGAAACUCAGCUGCAAAUGAUUGUCAUCAUGGAGACUAUGGCCUUGGAGCAGGCAGCCCAGACUCACUCGGCCUCCCUGCCUGAGCUGACGGAAUCUCAACAUACAGCGACCCCUCCAUCGACCAAGAAGCGCAGCAAGCAUAACCUUCCCAUGCUCGUCGAUGUUCACGCCGAUCGAUUGACUAUCUGGCAAUCCAUGGCAUCGGACGCCCAUAUCCUCCUGCAGGACACGCAGGCCACAGAGGAAGCUUUAGCGACUACCCAGCAGAAGGCGUCAUCAGAGCCGCUACGAGACUUUUGUGUCGAUGUCAUCGUGCCUUUCUACGCUUCACGUUUGCCACAGCUGUGUCACUCUCUAAGUCAAAAGUUUGGCGGGCCUGUUAUUAUCCCCCCUACUAAGAGGGCGAAGCCCUCCCGGUCAUCUAGCAAACAGGACCUGAGGCCCGGGGCAUCCCUGAAACGCCCGGCACCCGCCAAAGAGCCAAGGUCAUUGAAACGUGCUCUGUCGAUGGAUCAGCAGCAUCGCCGCAGCCUUUCGGGGGGGCAGAAUGCGCUCGCAGAACUAAUGCGCACAACUACAACUACAACUGCCUUGCCUAGUAUCAAGCGCGAGGCCAGCGACUCCAAUGUUUUGAAGAGCAUGGUCAAUGAGGCCCGAACUACCUCGCAAGGCCUGAGGCCUCUUUCUCGGAGCUCAAGCAGCAUGACGCUGGAUGACCCAAGAGCGAACAAGAAGGCAAAGAUUGAUGCCGAACUGCGGGAGGCUAUUACAGCUUUGCGCAAACCCAACCGAGAAGUCGUUGGAAAGGCGUUGGCAGAAGCCGACGGGCGCAAAAAUUCGACUGCCCAUUCUCACAAGAAACCCCGAAAGGGACCGAAAUAUGCACCGGCAACAGGUGUGCAAGUGAAGGCCACACCGAUGAACCAGAGAUUCAAAGAGAUGACGGGUGCGGGAGACAACAGUCCCUUUGACAUUCCGUUGCCUUCGACGGAAGACGUCGUCCCGCCAUCAAGCGCAGGACCUGUUGUGCCUUCCACCUCACAGCGCGACGGCUAUGGGAUUGUGCCACCCACACCGUCGAGGGGCGUUUCUGGUCGGGACCCAGUGAGAAAACUUAACUUGAGCUCUUCGUUCUUGCGAAGACCAGCGACGGAGCUACCGUCCAUUCCGCCGUCCUCGCCUGUCAUGACGAGACGCGCGGACGCGAUACCAGAGUCACCAAUGGCGCCUCCUAGUAUCUCGAAACCACCCACGCAGCCCAGCUCAUUCAUGUCACGGCUACGCGGUGUGCCAGAGACACCGAUAAAAAAGCAACCAGCGAAACCAUUGGCGUUUGAUGACUUGGAGAAGAAGCAACCAACCCAGACGAAGCCUGUGUCUAUAUACCAGAAACUUGGCUGGGACGACGAUGAUGACUUGGACGACUUGUUUUGA